AUGACAGCCAUUUUUAAUCUAUCUAUCUAUCUAUCUAUCUAUCUAUCUAUCUAUCUAUCUAUCACACACACACACACACACACACACACACAUAUAUUCCUAAGAAAUUUUUUCCAAUCAAAUGCUCCUCGUCGGUAUCUGAUAUUUUAUUCAUUUUUCAAGAUGCAAAAGUCGAUACCGUCGUUCAGUCGUUUUGCCUUAGGCAUAAGCAACAUAUCUCUUCCUCUCUCUCUCUCUUUAUAUCUUCCUUACUUUGUCUUUCUUCUCUCCUUCUUUCUUUCUUUCUUUCUUUCUUUCUUUCUUUCUUUCUUUCUUCAUUCUCUCUCUCUUUCUUUCUUUCCUUCGCCUCUCUUUCUUUCUUCUCUCUUUCUUUCUUUCUUCUCUCUCUUUCUUUUUUUUUUUCUUUCUUUCUUUUCUUUCUUUCUUUCUUUCUUUCUUUCUUUCUUUCUUUCUUUCUUCUCUCUUUCUUUCUUUCUUUCUUUCUUUCUUUCUUUCUUUCUUUCUUUUUCUUUCUUCUUCUCUCUUUCUUUCUUUCUUUCUUUCUUUCUUUCUUUCUUUCUUUCUUUCUUUCUUUCUUUGCCUUUAUUUAUUCCACCCUGUCCUUACUUUAAUUCUACCAGGAUCCUUUUCUCUUCCCGCUCUUUAUUUAUUGUUCGUAAUCUUCCUUUUUUUCGCCCUCUAUCGAUACUCUUCUCCAUUCUCAUACUCUGA